CAUACUUCUAUGCCAAACGCAUAUUUUUGCUCUCUCUAGAAUUCUCCAAACACACUUUCUGUACAUUUUCAUCAAUAAAACAUGUUUAUAGCCAUCUGGGUUUGGGUUUUUUCAGUACUGAUUAAUCAAAUGAUUAAGGGUUUUGAUAGAACUGUUCACAGUCUAUUCAUAGUUGAAGAUUGUAACAUCUUGGUGACUUAUUUUUUGGACUUAUUUUUAGAAGAAAUAUGUGGGUUAAUGCCAGUUUGGUGUUUGGUUUUUGUCCCAAGAGAGUUUGAUCAUAUCAUAGUGGUUUUGUGUUGGUCCCCUCUAUCAAAAAUGUCUAGAUGCAGUCCAUACCCUCCAUUGGGGUAUGUGUGGAAAGGUGUUUGUGGCGAGGCCUUAGUGGAGUUGGUGAUUAAGGUCAAGAGAGAAUGGGCAGCAGCUGAGAAGGAAAGGAAGAAAGAGAAAAGGAAGCAGAGGAAGAAGAAUAAGGAGAAAACAAGAGAAAAGAGAAAGAUCAAGAAGAAAGAGCAGAGUUCUGAUAAGAGGAAUUGGAGUGGUUGGAAUGCAAUUGAUUGGGAAAGAAGUGACCACCAAAAGAAAAGGGAGUAUGAAACCCAAAAAUUGGAGAACUUCAACCUCAGUGAAGAGCUGGAGCAGCACAUUGUUUCUGAAGGCCUUGGUCAUUCUUUUUACAAUAGCGAGAACUUCAACAGAAGAAAGCCCUGCUCAUUUCCCUGUUGCUGCCAUAAGCUCCCUGAUGAUGGAAACAUUAUCUGGACUGAAUUUCUGCCACAAAAGCAUAUGGAUCCAAAAGUACAAACCACUCCCAACAGGAUGGAGAAGUUUGAAAUGGAUGCUACACCUGACAAAGUUCAUAUCUUUCCCACUUCAGGCCCGUGCGAAUAUGUUGCCCAAGGGAUGGAUCCUAGACCUGGCUGGAUGCUGUGCCAUUCUGCCUCUCAGAGAGCCACCAAUGAGGGGGCCACUGAAACUGUUCCGAUGACUUGUAUCACUGAAAAUCACUCACUGCAUGAAUCGCAGCUCAGAGAGCUACUUGAGAAUUGGGUUCCAGAUCCACAGCUGAGUGAGCAUACUGAAUUUGAUGAUCAAGAGUGGCUCUUCGAGACAAGGUCAGUCCAGAAGAACACAACUGAGUGGUCUAAACCUAUCAGUGACGACUUACGUCAUGGGAGCUCCACCCUAUAUCCAUAUGCCAGGUACUUGCCCAAGGCUGAUCUAUAUGCUUUGCCGUUUACAAUAAUAUUCUGAAAACUGUUACUGAAGACAUAAUCUUCAUAAUGUGAGUGAUUAGGAGCUGUGUCAGUGGGAAAUAAGGAAUGAAUUACUUUAUUCAUUCUUCCCUUUUAUUGAAUAGACUUUUACCCGCAUUUCUGUCCUUUAAGAUAUUGUUAAUAAGAUCUGUUUUAGGGUUGCAGUAUACCAGGGAUCAACCCUUUUUUUUUUCA